AUGUCUCAAGGUUCGGAAAAACCUUUAUCGAGUCAGGAUGUUGUCGAUCCCACCGGACCUACUGCACGAAAAGGAGUACUUAUAUCUUUCCGCACUGGGAAGACUAUGGAAAUUCCUGAGAAAGAUAUCUUGGGAAGAUGUCGUUUUGUCGGCGAGUUCGAAAAAUUAAAUCGAAUCGGGGAAGGCACAUAUGGUAUAGUAUAUAGAGCCAAAGAUAAAUUGAAUGGCAAUAUUGUUGCUUUGAAAAAAGUGAGAAUGGAUGUUGAAAAGGAUGGUUUACCUUUAAGUGGCCUUAGAGAAAUUCAGGUCCUCAUGGCUUGUCGUCAUGAGAACAUUGUGCAGUUGAAAGAAGUUUUAGUUGGGCGCUCACUUGAAAGCAUAUUCCUAUCAAUGGAGUAUUGUGAGCAGGAUCUGGCUUCACUUUUGGACAAUAUGACAUCUCCAUUUACUGAAUCACAGGUCAAAUGUCUUAUGCUGCAAGUAUUAAAAGGCUUGAAGUACCUGCACUCGAACUUCAUUGUGCAUAGAGAUUUAAAAGUUUCCAAUUUAUUGUUAACUGACAAAGGAUGUGUUAAAAUAGCCGAUUUUGGUUUGGCCCGGUGGUUGGGUGCUACAAGGAGUGCCACACCUCGUGUUGUAACACUCUGGUAUCGAGCACCUGAACUUCUGCUUCAAUCACCAAAACAGACUCCAGCGUUAGACAUGUGGGCAGCUGGGUGUAUUCUUGGUGAACUACUAGCCAACAAGCCCUUACUACCUGGCAGGACUGAGAUAGAACAAUUGGAACUAAUUGUUGAUUUACUUGGAACACCAUCAGAUGCAAUCUGGCCAGAAUUUAGUGCCUUGCCAGCUUUACAGAACUUUACAUUGAAACAACAGCCCUACAAUAAUUUGAAGCAGAAAUUUCCAUGGCUCUCCGCAGCUGGGUUGAGGCUUUUGAAUUUCCUGUUCAUGUAUGACCCUAAUAAGAGAGCCACUGCUGAAGAAUGCCUGCAAAGUUCAUACUUCAAAGAACAGCCAUUACCCUGCGAUCCAAAGUUGAUGCCAACCUUUCCUCAACACAGAAAUAUGAAGGGCCAACAAAAAGCUUCAUCAAACCAACUCAACAUUCCCCUGUCAAAUCUUAACACAGGCGCCAAUGAUCAGACCAACAACCUGCCUGCCAUUUCAGAUUUAUUGGGAUCCCUUGUCAAGAAACGUAGAUUAGAUUAA